AACUGUGAUUCUGAAUCCGUUGCAACGUAACUUAUCUGUAGAGAGAGGGCGCCUCCACGACGCCUUUCCUCGGCCUUUCUGUGUUUUCAGUCCUUUUAAAUGAACGUUGGAGGGCCAAAAUGGAUUUUGGCGAUUUAUUUGAUGAGCGGACGUUCAAAUUUUCCGACUUUCAAGAGUUUACGUUCCUGCCAAAACACGAGCAUUGGUCAGAGAGAGUAAGGAAACGACUGUAUUAUGGUAUUGAUUCUGACAGCCCGUUGGAUGCUUUAUCUUGUCCCAUGACAGAUAUUGCGGUGGAACUGCUCCAGAAAUCUGCCCCAAGUCCCAUAAGGAAACUUCACAAGAAAUAUGCUGCACAUGUGGCCAGGGAAGCAUGUAUAUCACCUUGCGCUAUGAUGUUGGCCUUGAUAUACAUUGAAAGACUGCGACACAGAAACCCUGAAUACCUGCAACAGAUCUCAUCCUCAGACCUCUUUUUGAUAUCCAUGAUGGUUGCCAGUAAAUAUUUGUAUGAUGAAGGAGAAGAUGAGGAGGUUUUCAACGAUGAAUGGGGUACUGCGGCCAAACUGGAUGUUCAUACUGUCAACACUCUAGAGAUGAACUUCCUCAAUGCGAUCGACUGGAACCUCUUCACUGAGCCCAGUGACUUCUUUAAAGUCCUCAGUAAGGUGGAAACCAGCAUUGCGGAGCGGCAAGGUAUGAAGCGAGGCUGGUUCACCUACACGGAUCUCUGCGUCCUGUUGGAGCAAACCAAUUGGAGGGAAGCCCUAUCAGCCAUCUACCAGCACUUUACCAAGAUUACCUGUAUGUUGGGUCUCCUGUACUUGACUAGCGUAGCCGGUCUCAUCGCUUCUUCCGCUGUCAUCCACCAGCUCAGCCGUCUUCCCAAUACCAGCCACACUUACUUGGACCCGAUUAAGCACACGUCCAUUCAGACACCAGCUGUCCUUCCUGAGCUCAUGCUGGACAUGCCAUGGCCAACAUCAGACCUCAGUUGCUGUGUCCUGACCAACGACAGCAUGAAGCCGCGGCCCACCGUCGUGCCAGAGCAGCAGGUUCCUACCUCUUCAUCCUAUCAGGACAUGGUGCUCUGCCUCUGGGGCUCCAUCCUCUCUACUCUUUCCUACUCAAACCCCUCGUUGGACAUCCAGCCACAAAAUGACUGUUUGGUAUCUGAAGUGAUCUGUCACGGUCACACGGGCGGUUUCCCCCAAUUCGCAAAGGCUCGCAAUGGCUCCACGACUCAUUCCUCACCGUGGUAUGCCCGUCUCUCUGCACAUUGGCUUGGGUUAGGUCAGUUUAGCAUAGGCCUGAUGUUUCCAGACCCACAUGUUAGCUCAAUGUCACCAUUUCAAAGACACCCAUGUUGCCCAGAGGCUACUUUGCCAUUUGGGAAAUUGCCAUCUCUUCUAAUGCCCGGUUAGAUGAGUCCUAUGGCAAAAUAAAGCCAGCUAAGUUUACAUACGCAGUCAACUCCCUUGGUUUUCCUUGUUGUACAUGAACCAGUGAUGUAGGUUGGUUAUAACUGGGUUGUGGUGGGAUAGUAUGUUGGAGAGAGGGUAGUGGGGAGGUUUAUUACAGAAGUGGCAAAUGCUGAUCGACAGUGAAUUUUGAAGUGUGUUAUGCAGUGGACGCUAAUGCAGUACGAAUGAACAGGCUUUCUUUUCUUUUCCGGCGGACGGGUCUUUUCUUUUUCUUUUCUUUUGCUGUUACAUGAAACCUCCAAAGCACCCAAACUAAAACAAUGGUAAGCAGUUACAUAAGUUAACAAAAGGGUCUGCUCUUAUGCUGGAAGUGUGUGCUCAUGUUUUGAAUAGUUUGGCUUAGGAGGCUGUAUUGUUAAGAAGUUUCUUCCUGUGAAAGCCUUUAUUUUAAAGUUGGGAAAUUGUUCGAAUUUAAGCCUGGUUUUGUUCACUUGGUUUCAGAGAGAACGGGUAAAAGAAACAAAAGCAAAAAGGGAUCAGUUUUGCAAUGUCAGUUAUACAACUUAGUUUAAGAUAGAUCUAAGAUUUCAUAUGUUCAAAUAGUUGAUACACACCAUUCACAAAGCAUUCAUCAUAGAAUGCAACCGUUUUGUAAAAAUCCUCGAUAUUUUGAUAUCCUAAAUUAAUAACAUAUUGGAAAUGCUGAACGGGCUUAUUCAAUGGAUUUAUUUGGGUUCAUUGCUUGACUUUAAGUUGAAUUUGGCUUUAUUUUUAUGUUCUUUUAAAUAUAAUAAAGUAAAUUAUAUAUUAUUAGGGCUUGGGCAUAAAAAUGCACCAUUUAACACCUGAUCUCUUACAUAUCCACCAUAAUUUGUUCUUGACAAUAUUUUCUUGACUUAUAUUUUCUGUCCCAUUUUGUACAUUUUGUAUAGAAAUUAUAAAAGAACAUAUAGCUGCAACAAUGGAAGUAAUAAAAACAUCUUAAUCU